AUGCACAAGCAUACAGAUAAGAAGCGCAGCACGCCGUACAGCGGGCCGGAUGCGCCGAGGCCGUAUGUGUGCCCGAUAUGCGCGCGGGCCUUUCACAGACUGGAGCACCAGACCAGACAUAUCCGGACGCACACUGGGGAGAAGCCCCACGCGUGCGACUUCGCGGGGUGCGGCAAGCGGUUCAGCAGGCAGGACGAGCUGACGCGGCACCGGCGGAUUCACGAGAGCGACAGGCCGAAGGGCAAGCGGGGGCGGCGCAAGGCGCACAGCGACGAGGGCGCCGCGCGGGCGCCGCCGGUCUUCGUGGUGGGCGAGGAGGAGGCGCGAGGCGAGUGCGGGAGCGGCAGCACAAGCCCGGUGUGGGACACACCGGGAGCGGUGGAGCUGCCGCCGCUGGGGCAGUCCAAGUCGACGUCGGCGAUACAGCAGCUGCGGGUGGUUGCGAAGAGCCCGCCGCCACGGGUGAAGCUCAACGCGCUGUCAUCGCUGCAGCGCAUGACGCCGCUGAAGACACAGCCGCGGGCGCCCGGUGGCGGCCCCCAGGUCACCUUCUAUCUCGACGGCCCGUCGUUGGGAGCGCUGCCCGCUGCGCCUGCGGCCGCGCAGGCUGGGCCCGAGCAGGCGGCCGCGCCUGCGCUGCCGCUGGCGCGGCCGCAGUCGCUGAUGCAGCUCUCGCAGCUGCUGCCGCAGGGCUCCUUCACCAACAUCGCAAAGCACUUUGACGGCCCCGCUUCAAACCCGAUCUCUCGCUCUUCGUCGAACACCAGCAUUUCUGCGCUGACGCUCGGCGACUACGACGAGUAUUCGCGUGUGCGCAAGAAAUCCCGCACUGGGACUCCGUCCCGCCGCAACAGCUCCUCCACGCUGCCCGACCUCCGCACCCACCUGCCCGGCCCCUCCGCCGACUUUUCGUCCGAGCUGCAACGCCGGCUGCGGCUCCACGUCGACGCCACACAUGCGGCGGACCAUGUGCCCGACCAGUAUUGCAAGUAUGUGGACAGCGCCGGUCCCCUUGCGACACCCCACAAGUCCCUCAAAAACAGUCCUCUUCAGAGUCCGCCUUCCGGCGCCCACCAGUACGACUCCGUUGUGCUGCCGCCGUUGCGGAGCCUGCCUUUGCCGUUUCUGGAUUAUACUCACCCCGGACAUCCCGCUCCGAGUGCCCGCUAG